GUCAGUUUCCUUGUUCCAUGAGGUGAGUCAAGCAAACAAGACUCACCUGUACAGCGCUGAAGAAUCUAUUGAUAUUGUUCUAAUAAGAACAAGUCACAGGAUGUUACGGGCGAUAUUACUCCUUUUGGCUGUGGCUGGUCACCAUGCAAGACCACUGAAAGACACCCAUCGAUUCCGAAAUAGUGGAUGGAUGAUUAAGGGGCCACAAAUAGUCCAAGAUGAAGUCAAGCAGAACUCAGUCCAUCCAAAGGGUGCAGAACCUUCAAAUCAUUUACAGAUGGAUUUUAACAUUGGCGUGAAACACAAAGAGAACCAAAAAUCAGUUCCUGUUGAGUUGCGUAGGCAGGGAACAGAACCCUCUCGACGUUUCCUGAUGGACCUGAAUGCUGGCAUGCUGAAGGAGGAAGUCGGUGAAAUGAACAGAAGAGUUGCCGGCUUCUACAAUCCUCCAGCGUAUGAGAUGAGAAAGGGAACACAGAAUUCUCACACUACGCUGGUGGACCCCAUAACUGGACAGAUGCUGUAUCCAAUAACUGAGAUGCAGAGGAGCACAGCGCCAUUGGAUGAGUUCAGACAAGGCACUGAGUACAGACCUCACAUCCUGAAGGUGCUGAGAAUGCGAGACAUUUUGAGAUCUCAGUACAGCGCUGUUGGUGAGAAACAUGAGCAGAGAGUUGUUCCUGCUGAGCUCCUGAUGGACCUGAACACCGGUCUACUCAAAGAACACAGAAACCACAUGGACAGGAGAGUACCAGGCUCUAAAUGGGAAGUCGUUUCUGGUCCUGAGCAUGAGGAAAUGAAAAACCAGGACUUUUCUGGACCGAAGGAGAACAAAAACUCAGUUCCUGUUGAGUUGCGUAGGCAGGGAACAGAACCCUCUCGACGUUUCCUGAUGGACCUGAACGCUGGCAUGCUGAAGGAGGAAGUCGGUGAAAUGAACAGAAGAGUUGCCGGCUUCUACAAUCCUCCAGCAUAUGAGGUGAGAAAGGGAACACAGAAUUCUCACACUACACUGGUGGACCCCAUAACUGGACAGAUGCUGUAUCCAAUAACUGAGAUGCAGAGGAGUACAGCGCCAUUGGAUGAGUUCAGACAAGGCACUGAGUACAGACCUCACAUCCUGAAGGUGCUGAGAAUGCGAGACAUUUUGAGAUCUCAGUACAGCGCUGUUGGUGAGAAACAUGAGCAGAGAGUCGUUCCUGCUGAGCUCCUGAUGGACCUGAACACCGGUCUACUCAAAGAACACAGAAACCACAUGGACAGGAGAUUACCAGGCUCUAAAUGGGAUGUCGUUUCUGGUCCUGAGCAUGAGGAAAUGAAAAACCAGGACUUUUCUGGACCGAAGGAGAACAAAAACUCAGUUCAUGUUGAGCUGCGUAGGCAGGGAACAGAACCCUCUCGACGUUUCCUGAUGGACCUGAACGCUGGCAUGCUGAAGGAGAAAGUCGGUGAAAUGAACAGAAGAGUUGCCGGCUUCUACAAUCCUCCAGCGUAUGAGAUGAGAAAGGGAACACAGAAUUCUCACACUACACUGGUGGACCCCAUAACUGGACAGAUGCUGUAUCCAAUAACUGAGAUGCAGAGGAGUACAGCGCCAUUGGAUGAGUUCAGACAAGGCACUGAGUACAGACCUCACAUCCUGAAGGUGCUGAGAAUGCGAGACAUUUUGAGAUCUCAGUACAGCGCUGUUGGUGAGAAACAUGAGCAGAGAGUUGUUCCUGCUGAGCUCCUGAUGGACCUGAACACCGGUCUACUCAAAGAACACAGAAACCACAUGGACAGGAGAGUACCAGGCUCUAAAUGGGAAGUCGUUUCUGGUCCUGAGCAUGAGGAAAUGAAAAACCAGGACUUUUCUGGACCGAAGGAGAACAAAAACUCAGUUCAUGUUGAGUUGCGUAGGCAGGGAACAGAACCCUCUCGACGUUUCCUGAUGGACCUGAACGCUGGCAUGCUGAAGGAGGAAGUCGGUGAAAUGAACAGAAGAGUUGCCGGCUUCUACAAUCCUCCAGCAUAUGAGGUGAGAAAGGGAACACAGAAUUCUCACACUACACUGGUGGACCCCAUAACUGGACAGAUGCUGUAUCCAAUAACUGAGAUGCAGAGGAGUACAGCGCCAUUGGAUGAGUUCAGACAAGGCACUGAGUACAGACCUCACAUCCUGAAGGUGCUGAGAAUGCGAGACAUUUUGAGAUCUCAGUACAGCGCUGUUGGUGAGAAACAUGAGCAGAGAGUCAUUCCUGCUGAGCUGCACAGACAAGGAGAGGACAAAGCUUCCUGUCAGGGUGAGGUGAUCCAAGGAAAGUGCUACAGUUUCAAUCCAACUCCACAAACAUUCAAGGAAGCUGAGGUAUCAUGUCAAAAAUUGUCUUCCCGAGGACACCUGGCCUCAGUGGCGAGUGCAGAAGUGCAUAAACAGCUUGUCUCGAUGGUGACCAAAGCAAAGAACGGUCCAGUUCUGACAUGGCUUGGAGGGACCCAAAAGGAAAACAAGUUCCAGUGGAUAGACGGUUCCUCUUGGACAUACAGCGACUGGAUGCCCGGUCACCCACACAAACACAAUGUGUCGUGUCUUGAGAUGUUUAGAAUUGACGAGAGCUGGUGGACAGCGGUUGAUUGCAGUGAGAAGAGAGCGUUCAUCUGUUCGUUCCCUAUGACAGUGUAAAGACCAUCCCAGAAUAUGUAUCUAUAUAUCUGUAGUGCAUACCAAGCUAUUUUCAGAAUUAAUAAUGACCAAAUCAUUUAUUGUAUGUUGUUGAAUCUAAUAUGAUGUACUAUAGGACUCAAAAGUGUCUUUUGAUAGAAGCCUCAUACAAUAUUUGAACUAAUCCCCAGUAAGAAACAUUCCUACAGCAUAUCAACAAAAUAAAAGCAUUACAAAACCUACUUGUUUUGGCUUUUGUUUUAUUACAUUUUUAAACUGUUAUCAUUGGUGGCCUGUGGGGCGUAACUCUAAUUGCUAACUGUUUUCAAUCUGAUAAUAAUGUCUUUUAGGUUGUCUGUAUGCUUUUGUAUUUCAAUAAAAGGGGAAAAUCACGCACUCCUUCCCCAUGUAGUGCCAUAUGAAUUCAUUCACAUUUUUUCUAAAAAUAAAUAAAUA